AAAAAAAAAAAGAAAAAAAAAAGUUGUUGACAUCGGAGAUUAGAGAUGGCGACGGAAUCAUCGGAAUCGGAGGAAGAAGGGAAGAUCAGAGGAGGAAACGAUAAGCUAACGGUAGACGAAGAUCUGAGAGAGAUGGGGAAGAACGCAGCUUGGAGCGUUAGCUCUUGCAAGCCAGGCAAUGGCGUCAACACUCUCCGCGACGACAAUCUCGAGACUUAUUGGCAAUCAGAUGGUUUGCAACCUCAUUUGAUUAACAUUCAGUUCCAGAAGAAAGUGAGAUUACAGUUAGUGGCUUUGUACGUAGACUUUAAGCUUGACGAGAGUUAUACACCUAGUAAGAUCUCUGUUCGUGCUGGUGAUGGUUUUCAUAACUUAAAGGAGGUCAAAAGUGUUGAGCUUGUAAAGCCAUCUGGUUGGGUUUCCAUAUCUCUCUCUGGAGCCGAUCCAAGGGAAACAUUUGUGAAUACAUUCAUGUUGCAAAUAGCCAUGUUGUCAAAUCACCUCAACGGGAGAGAUACUCAUAUCCGCCAGAUCAAAGUUUAUGGCCCUAGACCGAAUCCUAUUCCCCGCCAACCAUUUCAGUUUACUUCAAUGGAGUUUAUCACUUAUUCUAAUUUGAGAUGAGAGCUUUGGGCAAGAGAAGUUUGAAGAACAUGGACUGUUGAAGAUAAUUGCUAUUUCAUCCCGGGAAGACUCUACUGUCACAUUAGGUUUUGAAGCUCAGAAUAUUAUAUGUUGUGUAAUGACCUCUAUUUAUAUAUUACAUUGGAUAUACCAACCACAAUAUCAUUAAGCUUAUUCUCACCAAGAGCCCCAUCAAAUUUUGGUCACAGUGAAUUAGGAGAGGCAGGUUUAAAGCAUAGUUCAAAGAACUACAACAAGCUACAUACAAAAAGCUUCGUCAUGCCUUGAUGAGUUAACUUUAGCCUUCACAAGCCGGUUUGGUGUCGAGGCUUGAAAAGCAGAGAGGAUAGCGACAGUCCAUGGUGAAAAUGUCCUUGCCGAUUUUGCCAAACUGUAAGAUAG